AUGAAGAUUUCCAGGACACAAACAGAAAUUCCAAAAGGUUCCUUCCAAGGUUGCUCCAAGUUAAACCUUGUUUUUCAUGAUGGAAUUACAAAAAUUGAUUCAAACGCAUUUACAAACACAGGAUUGACUGAACUUGUAUUGCCAUCAGAACUUACUGAACUUGUAGGAAGUUCCUUUAAUCAAUGUCAAGAAUUAACAACUGUUGAUUUUAGAUAUGCCCAAACACUAACCACAAUUGGAGAUAACGCAUUUUCUGGUUGUCCCAAGUUAUCUACAGUAUUGUUCUCAACCAAAAUCAAAAUUAUUGGCACUGCGGCAUUCAAAAACUGUGAUAUUUUACAACUAAGUUUGCCAAAUGCUCUAGUGACACUUAAUUCUGAAGCUUUUGCAUCAAAUACUCAUUUAACUGAAGCAGCAUUCUUCAGCUAUCAACAAAGUUUAGGUAGUAAUAUCUUCAAUGGCUGCACAAGUCUCACGAAACUUUCUUUCACUGGAGAAAUUGUUUCUCCGUUUCCAGAAAAUAUUUUUGAUGGAAUUCCAAAUCUCAAAGAAAUUCUUUACUGCGGUACAUGGGCUCCACACAUUGAAUCAACGCAAUUACAACAAUAUACAAACCUUAAAGUGAAUGUCAAGACAGACUAUAAUGAUAACACAUUCUUUGGUGUUGAGAUCACUGCAAGUCAACAAAGUAUCUGUCAAGCAAUGAAUAACCUGCCCACAGAUCCACCUCCAAAGGAUCCUCCUCCACCAAUCCCUGAACCAAAUUACUGUUAUGUAGAUGGUGAAAGCGUAUUCUCUCCAGAUGGAUGCAACCAAAAUAACAAUGAAAACAAAGGAAAAAAUGAAACAACAACAGAUAAUACAGGGAAAAAUGAAACAACAACAGAUAAUGGAGGUAAGAAUGAAAAACCCGAAGAGAAUAUAGCAAAUCCAACUCCUACUUCAAAUCCUGAUGACUCGAAAUUAGAAGGAAAAUCUAAACAAACAGCAAUAAUUGCUGGAUCUGUUGUUGCGGUUGUCGCUGUUGUUGUUAUUGUUGCUGUUGUAGCUGUUUUUGUUAUCAGAAGUAAGAAGGCUUCUAUCAAAACAGAAGGAGAUAUAGAACCAUAA